AUGAUGACAAUGGUGAUGUUAGUAGAUCAGAUUCUUCUAGAGAGUAUUAGCACACAGGUCAAAAGAGUUUAUCCCUCCUUCUUCCGGAUUAACCCCAAGGAGUCUUCUCAAUAUGUGGGUUUAGUCCAGCUGCUCCUGUAUUUCCAGUGGAACUGGGUUGGGCUGGUGGCCCCUGAAAAUGACAAUGGAGAACGUUUCAUUUCAACGCUGAUGCCAAUGCUCAAGGAGAAGGAGAUUUGCUUGGCCUUCACUAAACUCUUGAAUGUAGAUAGUAUUGUUAUUGCAAGAUCAAAAUUAUUUCGUAUUUUCCAAACGUGGUGCAAAAUUGAAGUGAUGAUUCUGUUUGGAGACUACAGUAGUAUUAGUAGCAUACAGGUGGUGGUGUCUAUUCAUGAAAAAUUAAGGAAGGUAUCAUUUCGGAAAGUUUGGAUCUUAACUUCCCAUUGGAAACUUAGUCUGGUGGGGUCUCAAUACAAAUUGAAAUAUAUAAAGCUUUUCCAUGGAGCUUUGCAUUUUAGGGACCACACUAGGGAUGUCUCCGAAUUCAGCCAUUUCCUCCUGUCUUUAGACCCCUUGAACCCCCAUGGAGACAUCUUUCUCCCUCUAUGGUGGGAAAAGGUCUUUGACUGCAAGAUCGAUAAAUCAGGAAAGAUCCUUCAAAAGUGGGACAAACAAUGUACAGGAAAAGAGAAUCUACAGAAUCUGCCAAAUUACACUUUUGAAACAAGAAUGGCAAGUGAAAGUUACAAUAUCUACAAUGCUGUUUAUGCUUCAGCCCAUGCGCUACAUGCAAUGUAUGAAUCCAGAGCUCAACCAACAAUGAUGAGGCUUGGAAAGAGGAUCUCAAAUGUCCAGUCAUGGCAGCCCAAGGACAGAGUCAUAUUCAAGAACUACCAGCAGUUCCUUGCAUUGAUGUUUGCAGUUAAGGAAGUCAAUGAAGAUUUGAUUCUCCUGCCCAACAUCACCCUUGGCUUCCACAUCUAUGACAAUCACCAGACUGAAAGGAAUAUCUCCUUAAGCAGCUUGUCCCUGCUCUCCACAAGAGGCCAAAUGGCUCCAGGUUAUACAUGUGACAGGCAGGACAUUCUGCUCUCCAUCAUUGGAGGUCUCAGCUCCAAAUCCUCAAGGCUGAUAGCCUCCAUCUUCAGCAUCUACAAGGUCCCACAGAUUCUUCCCUAUUUGAGGAAUAUCCAGUUUAACAACAGUGUUGGAGAGGAAGUCUCCUUCUUAGAAAAUGGACUGGGAACUGCUCAUUAUGAUCUUGUCAAUUGGAUUUUCUAUCCCAAUCAAUCUUUUAUCCCAAUCAAAGUUGGAAAAAUGAAUCCCAGGGCUUAUCCAGGGCAGGAUUUCAUCAUUAACUCUGAUACAAUUACCUGGGCAACAAAGAUCUAUUGGUCUUCUGUGAGGUCCAGUAUAAAGUGGGGGAAAGACAUGGGCAACAAUCCCAAACUGAAAGUUACAGUAGUCAUGAAAAUGCCCAAUGCAGUUGACUGUGAAUCCUGCCCAGAAGAUGAAUAUCCCAAUAAGGAAAAGGACCAGUGUAUUGCCAAGAAGAUCCACUUCCUUGACUAUCAAGAGCCCUUGGGACACAUUUUGGUUUUUCUUUCUUUCUUUUUCUCUGUGAUCACUUCUGCAGUCCUGGUUAUUUUCUAUAAACAUCAUGAUACACCAAUUGUCAAAGCCAACAACCGAUACCUAAGUUAUAUCCUUCUGAUCUCUCUCCUGCUUUGUUUCCUCUGCUCCUUCCUCUUCAUUGGUCAACCAGGGAAGCUCACAUGUCUCUUCCAACAAUCUGCCUUUGCAAUUCUCUUUUCCCUUGCAGUUUCCUCUGUAUUGGCAAAAACUGUCAUGGUGGUUCUGGCCUUCAUGGCCACCAAGCCAGGAAACAGGACAAGGAAACUCUUAGGAAAACCACUGACCAACUCCAUCAUUUUAACCAGUCCCCUGGUCCAAGCACUUCUUUGUGCCACUUGGUUGGGAACUUCUCCUCCAUUUCCAAGCUGGGACUUUCAUUCCUUGUUUGGAGAAAUCAUCUUGGAAUGUAAGCAAGGUUCAGUUUUCAUGUUUUACAUUGUCCUUGCCUAUCUAGGACUUUUGGCCCUUGUCAGUUUCACUGUGGCCUUUCUGGCUAGGAAUUUGCCUGACAACUUUAAUGAAGCCAAGUUCAUUACUUUCAGCAUGCUGGUCUUUUGCAGUGUUUGGAUCACUUUCCUCCCCACCUACCUGAGCACCAAAGGGAAAUCUAUGGUGGCUGUGGAGAUCUUCUCCAUUUUGGCCUCUGGAGCUGCUCUCUUAGCUUGUAUCUUCUUCCCCAAAUGCUACAUUAUUAUUCUGAGGCCUGAUCUGAAUUGCAGAGAAAAUAUACUUGGUGUUGGCUUUGAGUUCACUGUGGGAGACACAGUUGACUUCCCUUCCUUCUUCUGGAUGAAUCCCAAGGAAUCUCCUCAGUAUGUGGGUUUAGUCCAGCUGCUCCUGUAUUUCCAGUGGAACUGGGUUGGGCUUGUGGCCUCUGAAAGUGAUAAUGGAGAACACUUCAUCUCAACUCUGACACCAAUGCUCAAGGAGGAGGAGAUCUGCGUGGCCUUCACUGAAAGGUUGAAAAUGGAAGAUAUUAAAAUCACAAUCAAUAGAUUAAUUUGGAUUUUCACUAUCUGGUCAAAAAUUGAAGUGUUUAUUUUGUUUGGAGACUCUACUGUUACUAGCAGUGUGCAAGUGGUUUUUUUUCCAAAAAUCAUAAGCAGAUCAUUUAGGAAAAUUUGGAUAUUAACUUCCCAUUGGAAAAUUAGUAUGGUGGAAUCUCAAAAUGUACUGAAAUUUAUAAAGCCUUUUCAUGGGGCUUUGCAUUUUAGGGACCACUCUGGGGAUGUCACAGAAUUCAACCAUUUUCUUCUGUCUUUAGACCCCUUGAACCCCCGGGGAGAUGUUUUUCUCCCACUAUGGUGGGAAUUUGUCUUUGGCUGCAAGAUCCAUAAAUCAGGAAAGAUUCCUCCAAAGGUGAAAAAACAAUGUACAGGAAAAGAGAAUGUGCAGAAUCUUCCCAAUUAUACAUUUGAAAAAAGCAUGACAGGUGAAAGUUACAAUAUCUACAAUGCCAUUUAUGCUCUGGCACAUGCUUUACAUGAAAUGUAUGGAUCUAGAGUUCAACCAACCAUGAUGAGGUUUGGAAAGAGGAUCUCAACUGUCCAGUCAUGGCAGAUUCUUCCAUAUUUGAGGAAUGUGCAGUUCAACAACAGUGCUGGAGAGGAAGUCUCCUUCUCAGGAGAUGGACUGGGAUCUGCUCGUUAUGAUCUUCUCAACUGGGUUCUCCUCCCCAAUCAAUCUUUUAUCCCCAUGAAAGUUGGGCAAAAAGUGCCCUUUGCCAGGUGUGGCAUGAAGAAGUGCCAUGCAGGAGAGAGGAGAAGAGUUCCAGAGGGCCAGCAGGUUUGCUGCUACCAAUGUGAUGCUUGUCCAGAAGAAACCUUUUCUAAUCAGACAGUUAACAUGGGGCCUCAGAAUGAUAAUGAAGCCUUUGGGAAAAAGAUGCAAACCAAAAGACCAGCCCCAGAGGCCAAGAUGGAGAUGAUCUCCACAGCCACCAUGGGAGGAGGUGAGGACGAAGCUGAUCCAAACAUUGCAAAAGAUCAGCAUGCUGAAAGUUAUGAACUUUGCUUCAUUAAAGCUAUCAGGCAAUUUCCUUGCCAUAAUGGCCACUGUGAAACUCACAAGGGCCUGGAAACUCAAGUAUGCAAGGACAAUAUAAAACAUUGA